AUGCUCUUUGGGCCUAGCGCUCGCACGCGCAAGCCAGCCGACUCUUGGCAUUUGGCUGCAGAAGCGAUUCAAAGUGCCGUAGGCAUAUUCCUGCGCGUGUUUUCUUCGCUAGCGCCAGGCCGAUGGGCCAUUCCCGUCCUUCGUGCGCUAUUAGCCGAUCUACGGUGGGUAUCGCGGUGCGCGGACGACGCAGCGAAUGCAGCCUCGCGAGAAUCACGCACAUCACACGCACAUCUCGAGGAAUGUGCGCGACUGCUGAACAAGGCAUUCACGGCGUGCAUCGCUGACCGGCAUCCCGUCUUAGAGCAGAGUAAAAAAUGGGGCACGUACGCGAUGGUCGGCAUUGUAUUCGCGACCUAUUUCCAGCUCAAGUCCAUUGCCCUGUGCAAGAACAUCGUACGCGCCCUGGGUGCCGGCGACUUGCCGCCCCUCGAUGCAUUUCCUCGCGCACAAGCUGUUACAUUCCGCUAUUACAUGGGGCGUCUCGCGUUCAUGGACGAGGACUAUGCUCGUGCCGAGGCCGAGCUGUCGCGUGCAUUGGCCGAUACGCCGCGCAGUGCCAAGGCGCAUGUGGAACGCAUCCUCGUAUACUUGAUCCCGGUGCGUCUCUUGCACGCACAACAUCCCACUGCGGCAUUCCUGGACGAGUACCCGCGGAUUCGUGCGGCCUAUGCGCCGCUCAUAUCGGCCUGCAAGCGAGGCAAUGUUCGCGCCUUUGAUGCGGCACUGCAAGAUCCCACACUUGAGCGGAGUCUUGUGCGACUGGGUGUGUACUUGGCGAUGGAACGAGCACGAGACGUAUGCAUAACGCGGCUCGUCCGGCGCGUGUGGCGGCAACAAGGCGGCGGCACACGUGUGCGACUGGCGCCCGUGGGCACGGCUCUGCAGUGGCUCAACUGUGCGUCAGAUGCGCAUGGAGCAGAGUGGCUUGUUGCGACGCAAAUUGCGCGCGGGCGCAUCAAGGGGUAUAUAGCGCAUGAACGCCAGAUGAUGGUGCUGAGUGCGACGGAACCAUUCCCCCAUGCGUCAUUGACGAUGCUGUGA